AGCAGCCAUGGUAGCAGCAAAGAAGCUUCCCGCCCUAGCAACAGUGUGCAUUUAUUUACAUCAUGGCUGACCGGCUAACGCAGCUUCAGGACGCUGUGAAUGCGCAAGCGGACAAUUUCUGCAACAGCAUCGGUAUCCUGCAACAGUAUGCGGCACCCAGCAGCUUCCCAGAGUUCGAGAAGUCUGUUUCCAAGCCUGGACAGCAACCUCAAGAAGAUUACCCGCAGCUGUUCGCAUCACUCAUAGCGAGGACUGCAAAGGAUAUUGAUGUCCUGAUCGACUCCCUGCCAAGUGAAGAAGCUUCUCCUGAGCUGCAGGCGGCCAACCUCAGGCGGCUGGAAGUAGAGAACCAGGAGGCAGCCCGGCGCCUGGAGGAAGUGGUCCAGCAGGGCGAGGCGCUCCUGGAGCAGAUCCAGAAGGCACUGCACGACAUCGCCGAGUCGCAGCUCAGCAUGCAGCACCUGGACGAGGCUCCGCCCAACUGACCGAUCGUCCAGUGGUGCAUCGGCUGCGCCCUUCUUAUCGGCACGUCCAUGCCUUUGGAACUGUGACCUCCAGAGAGCGUCAUACGAGCUGCCCACAAUCUCAGACUCUGUAAUAUGGGACUCAGAAUGCACUUCCUUCUCCCGGGCCCAGCCUGGUGAAGUGGUUGUGCAACGUUUCUCACUGCUAUGAUGCAUGUAUAUAUGCCCUUCUUUAUUUUUCCCCCCCUCUUCCUUGUUCACCACUGACAUAAAGACAUUUUCUUUUUCAUCAGA